AUGGCAUCCCAACUUUGGCUAAUUACAGGAGCGUCCUCCGGAUUCGGGGCACUCAUGGCCGAAGUUGCUCUGAAAGCUGGCCAUCGAGUUCUGGCUACAGCCCGCAAUCCCACCAAGGCUGCACAGGAUUACCCUCAAGUUGCAGCACUGGGCGGGAAGUGGCUUCAGUUAGACGUGACAAGCCAACAGGCAAAGCACCGAGUCGAGGAAUCCAUCAAGGACAAUGGCGGGAAGGUCGAUGUUGUGAUCAAUAAUGCAGGAUACGGGCUACUCGGAAGUAUCGAGGAUAUAAGUGAAGACGAACUCGACACGCAGUUCCAAACCAACGUCUACGGAUUAGUCCGGGUCACCAAGGCCGUCCUCCCUUUCAUGAGAGCGCAGCGAAGCGGUAUCAUAGUCAACAUAGGUAGUGUCGCUGGCUUUGUUGGCGGGCCUGCUGGUGGCGCUUACUCCAUGUCCAAGUUUGCUGUUGAAGGCCUCUCGGAAAGUCUCUCUGCUGAGCUCAAACCAUUCAAUAUCCGUGUCCUACUGGUCGAGCCCGGUGCCUUCCGUACCAGUUUCAUCGGAUCCCACCGGACCCCUGCUGCAGGAAUGACCAAGGAUUACGAGGGGACGCCCUUGGCUGCCGCCCUGGGAUUUUUUAAUGGGUUUGCUGGCAAGCAGCCGGGCGAUCCUGCAAAGGCUGUGCAGCGGAUUCUGGAGGUGAUUCAGUCGCAGGGACUAGGGCAAGGCAAGGAGCAUCUCCUUCGCCUGCCCCUUGGAACGGAUUGCUUCCCACGUGUGGUGGCCAAGGUCGACUCUUUGAAGGCAGAGUUGGAGGAGAUGAGGGAGCUUGCUCUGAGCACGGCCGUUGACUCUUGA